UCUGGAGUUUGGUUCCCCCAAAACAAGAAGAUGAAUCAAGAAAACAAGAAGCCUUUGGAAGAAGCUUCGACUUCAAUGGAGCGAGAGAACAUGUUCGACAAAGUAGUAACACCAAGCGACGUAGGGAAACUAAACCGACUCGUGAUCCCAAAGCAACACGCAGAGAGAUACUUCCCUUUAGACAACUCGUCAACAAACAACAAAGGGUUGCUUCUAGACUUCGAAGACCGUACAGGAAGCUCAUGGAGAUUCCGUUACUCUUACUGGAACAGUAGCCAAAGUUAUGUCAUGACAAAAGGUUGGAGCCGUUUUGUCAAAGACAAGAAGCUUGAUGCUGGUGACAUCGUGUCUUUUCAAAGAGAUCCCUGUAAUAAGGACAAGCUUUACAUAGAUUGGAGGAGACGACCAAAGAUUCCAGAUCAUCAUCAGUUCGCCGGAGCUAUGUUCCCCUGGUUUUACUCUUUCCCUCACCCUCAGAUGCCGACAAGUUUUGAAAGUAGUCACAACCUUUAUCAUCAUCGGUUUCAACGAGAUCUUGGAAUUGGGUAUUAUCCAACGGCUGUGAUUGAAUCUGUGCCGGUGAUAAUGCAAAGGAGAGAAGCACAAGUGGCUAAUAUGGUUUCAUCAAGAGGAGAGAAGAGGUUAAGGCUGUUUGGAGUGGACAUGGAGUGCGGCGGCGGAGGAGGAGGAAGUGUGAAUAGCACGGAGGAAGAGUCGUCGUCUUCCGGUGGUAGUAUGUCACGUGGCGGCGUUUCUAUGGCUGGUAUUGGUUCUCUCCUUCAGUUGAGGUUAGUGAGCAGUGAUGAUGAGUCUUUAGUAGCGAUGGAAGGUGCUAAUGUCGAUGAGGAUCAUCACUUGUUUACAACUAAGAAAGGAAAGUCUUCUUUGUCUUUCGAUUUGGAUAUAUGAUAUAUGAUUAAUUAUGAGAUUAAUCAAUUUAAUACACAUUCUAUAUGAUAGUUAUACAUAUUAUAUAUAUGUGACAUAAGGAUGUCGUUCAAGAUUCAAGGAUAAUAUCAAGAAAUAGCAUGUUCUUUAAAGAUAAGAGUUUGGAUUGAUUAUAAUUGUAUUCAAAAAAUUUCGAAGCGUACUUUCUCGAUGAGUCUCCUCUUAGCUCUGAUGGGUCAGAGUA